UCCAGUCCAGUAGAUGGCGGUAAAGCACCUUUAAUCUGUUAAAUCACCUCAACUCGAUGAAGAGCUGCAGUAUUUAUUUAUUUUUUGCUUGGAUACGGAGAUCUAUAUCCAACCGGGCUCAUCAUCUCUACUCUAAAUACACUUUCAGACAUUUUAUUUACAUUACAGCAGUUCUGUUCAAGCUAUAUCGCGACAGUUCAAUCUGUCCGAGUUCAAUAAUAAUAAUAAUAAUAAUAAUAAUAAUAAUAAUAAUAAUAAUAAUAAUAGUAUUUGAAGUGGGUACAUGUGUUGAUUUUUAAAUCCAGAGCUGCUCGGUGUCGGUUCACAGUUAGGCUACUGACUGGAUCCUAAAUGGAUCUCUGCUUCAUGUGUAAUAGUGUCUCGUGCAGAUAGCUGGCUUUUUACCUCAAUAAACAGUAACAUGAUGCCCACAAGAGACUCCAGUAGUCAGCAAAAGACUGAUAUUCUUUGUACUAUGACCAGUGAAGUACAAAUGCAGACUGACCUUCACCACUGCUCAGACUGUGGAAAGAGUUUUACUCACCGGAGUAUGCUCCAAAGACACCAGCGCAUUCACACAGGUGAGAAGCCGUAUAAUUGCGCACAUUGUGGGAAGAGUUUUUCACAGCUGAUCAGUCUCCAGCUACACCAGCGCAUUCACACAGGAGAGAAGCCAUAUGAUUGCUCAAAGUGUGGAAAGCGUUUUGCUAGGCAGAGUAAUUACCACCAACAUCAGCGAAUUCACACGGGCGAGAAACCAUUCAUCUGUGUACAGUGUGGGGCAAAAUUCACUCACAAGGGUAAUCUCAAAACACACCAACGCAUCCAUACAGGAGAGAAGCCGUAUCACUGUUCACAAUGUGGAAAGAGUUUUGCUGACAUUAGUAAUUGUCUACAGCACCAACGAACGCAUGUAGGAGAAAAGCCGUAUCACUGCUCACAAUGUGGGAAGAGUUUUAAUUUACAGCGUAAUCUCCAACAACACCAGCACAUUCACACUGGAGAAAAACCGUAUCAGUGUUCACAGUGUGGGAAGAGUUUUAAUCACAAGAGGACUCUCACGCGACACCAGAGUAUUCAUUCAGGAGAGAAGCCGUAUUACUGCUCACAGUGUGGGAAGAGCUUUAAUCGAGAGUGUAAUUUCCAAACACAUCAGCGCAUUCACACCGGAGAGAAACCUUAUAGCUGUCCACAGUGUGGAAAACGUUUUAACCAACGGAGCGGUCUCAAAACACACCAGCGCAUUCACACGGGAGAAAAGCCGUAUCACUGCUCACAGUGUGGGAAGAGUUUUAAUCAAAAGGAUACUCUAAGACAUCACCAGCGCAUUCACACAGGAGAGAAGCCGUAUCACUGCUCAGAGUGUGAAAAGAGUUUUACUCAUCCGAGUACUCUCCAGAGACACCAGCGCACUCACACGAGAGAGAAUUCCCAACAGUACUGACUGCUGAAUGAACUACAGUCAUACCAUCCCAUCCACACUGGACAAAAACUGUAUAACUGCUCAGACUGUGGAAAGAGUUUCACUUCCCAGAGUAAACUCCAAAUCCACCAGCGCAUUCACACCGGAGAGAAGCCGUAUCACUGCCCGCAGUGUGGAAAGAGGUUUAGUUGCAAGAGUGCUCUCCGAAGACACCAGCGCGUUCACACCGGAGAGAAGCCGUACCGCUGUUCACAGUGUGGGAAGAGUUUUAAUUGCAGGAGUACUCUCCGAAGACACCAGCACAUUCACACCGGAGAGAAGCCGUACCACUGCUCACACUGUGAGAAGAGUUUUACUCGAUUGAGUGUUUUACGUGAACACCAACGAAUUCACACAGGAGAGAAACCAUUUAUGUGCUUACAGUGUGGCAGAAGUUUUACUCAGCGGGGUAAUCUCAAAACACAUCAACGACUGCACACGGGCGAGAAGCCGUAUCACUGCUUGCAGUGUGGGGAGAGUUUUAAACACAAGACAACUCUCCAGGAACACCAGACUAUUCACUCAGGAGAAAGGCUCUAUUACUGCUCACACUGUGGGAAGAGUUUUAAUCGAGAGAGUCAUUUCCAAAUACACCAGCACGUUCACACCGGACAGAAGCCGUACCACUGUUUGCAGUGUGGAAAGAGCUUUGCUCGACCAACUACGCUCCGAAACCACCAGCGCAUUCAUACCGGACAGAAGCCGUAUCAGUGUUCACGGUGCGGAAAGAGCUUCGCGCAAAUAAGUACUCUCCAGAACCACCAGCGCAUUCACACCGGACAGAAGCCAUAUCACUGUCCGCAGUGUGGAAAGAGCUUCUCUCUGUCAAAUGCACUCCGAAGACACCAGCGCACUCACACGGGAGAGAAGCCGUAUCACUGCUCCGAUUGUGGAAAGAGUUUCAAUCAAAGAAGUCAUCUCCGCACACACCAGCGCAUUCACAGGCUUACAGUGUGGGAAAAGAUUUUACAUUCAGGGUCAUCUCGAACCGCAACGCAUCCCUAGAGAAGAGAAGCCAUAUUACGGCUCAUAAUGUGCGUCAAUUUUUACUAGCAUUAGUAAUUCACACAAGACGGAAGCCGUACCAGUUCUGAGGAAUGGUACGAAAACAUGCAUGUAGUUACUAUUGAGGACACUGAGUUGUGUGUGUGUGUGUGGGGUGUGUGUGGGGGGGGUGUGGGGGGGGGGUGAAUAAUGUUGUGAAUAAUUCUAAGACUUCAGAAUUAAGUUAUUAUUUUGGUGGAUAAACAGUGUAAUUUGCGAGGUGGGUAUGUAUUACUUUUAAAAUGUAGUUUUCGAUAUGUUUGCAUCAUGCUCAGUAGAUUUUUUUUUUCACAGCUUCAAUAUCCUCACAUGAUGUUUCUGCAACACCACAUGCAGCUACAGCUUACAGAAUCAAGUGAGUGGCACAAGAUGGUUUCAGCUGUUGAGACAGACACUGGUGAAAUUGAACUUAGGACGUACUGUAGGCUGCCCCAACAACCUCAUGUUUUCCCCACCACCACCAAUUAGGUCUCCCCUACCAUACCACAGCUACCAACCCAGAAAUAUGGAGGUCUUCCUCCUAGUCAUAUGAAGCCAGCCAACCUCAUCAUUUCAGACUGUUCCUCAUUGCUGAGUCAGGACGUGGCGUAACACACUCAGAUGAAAAUACUGUCUGCCCAUUCGACAUGCAUGAGCUCAGAUGCCCACCUGGUGAUACUUUGAUUCAUAGGAGAGAGAGAGAGAGAGAGAGAGAGAGAGAGAAUGAAGCCCCUCCUACCCAGAGAGCAUGGCCAGUUUUGCUCUCUUGGACUCCCGGGCACAGAAGGGUGGGGCAUCUUUCGGAUUCAAUCUCACAAUCUUUGGAUGAUAGGGCGAACGCUUCUCUUUUGUUUCACUCUGGAACUAAAAUAGUAUUUUAUUUUAACCAGUAGAAGUUUAUUAUUUAAAAAAAUAUAGAUAUACAUUCAUUUCAAAUCUGAUGACUGCAAGAUGCUCCAAAAACACUUGGGACAGUUGAGUGUUUACCACUGUGUUACAUCACCAUUUCUUUUAAUGGCACGUAUUAAACUAUUUUCACUCUUUU